AUGUUGCUUCGAGACGCCCCCACUGCCAAGCUCUACAAUCACCUUUGGCAGCAUCGCCAGAGGGACACUGUUCCCCUGAUCAGCAGCAUCGCCGCGUCCAUGCAUUCUCUGGUAUCACGCGCCACCGGUCCCACCAAGCUCGACCAACUCCUUCGGCGAUUGCAGAGCACGCAGUCUCUGCCGAGCAUCAUCGACUAUCAAAACCUCCUCACCGAGCUCGAUCUCGCUCGCCAUCCUCCGUCUGUGCCGCUCACCGCGCUUUCCAGUCGAAGCGCAUCGCAAUUGCAUUCAAGCAGCCCCACGGCCAUCGCAUCCGUCGACUUUGCGCCAGACGAAGGAGACCACGAUUUCGAUUGGAUCGACGCCGACAGAGCACAGUGGGUCCCUGUGACUCACCGCCGAGAAGAGCACGGUAAUCAGCAUGGUGAUCUGGAAACUUCUCUCUACUUUUCGCCAGACUUCGAUCAAGAUGGCGACGAACCCGCCACGGUGGCAGCAUGGGAAGAGAUCUUGAUAUUCUCCCAAAGCGAUCAUCCAAACAAUGUCGAAUUUGGUCUCGGUGGCAUGACUACCGAGGGUGAAUCUCAGAGGGGUUCCAUCCUACCAUCCUUGAACCCUGCGUCUCCCGUAGCCGAAUACCGCUCAAAAUGA